CUUGAAGUCGCUCUCCUCCUCUUUUCCCCCGCUCUCGCUUGUCCCUCUUUUCACCCCGUCGGUCGCGCACGCAAGAGAUAUGUCUGAGCCCGGCACAUCGUCCGAGGGUCAGGUCGCCCUCGAGGGCAUGACUUCGAAAGACUACUAUGCGGACUCUUACGCACACUUCGGAAUCCACGAAGAGAUGCUGAAGGAUAACGUCCGGACGGGCUCGUACCGCUCUGCGAUCGUGAACAAUAGCCAUUUGUUCCAAGGCAAGACCGUGCUCGACGUCGGAUGCGGGACCGGUAUCUUGAGCAUGUUCGCGGCCAAGGCCGGGGCGAAGCACGUCGUCGGCAUCGAUAUGUCCAACAUCAUCGACCAAGCGCAGAAAAUCAUCGACGCCAACGGGUUCACGGACACCAUCACGCUGAUCAAAGGCAAGCUUGAGGAAGCCGAGCUCCCGAUCAAAGAGUUCGACAUCAUCAUCUCCGAAUGGAUGGGCUACUUCCUCCUGUACGAGUCCAUGCUCGACACCGUCCUCGUCGCGCGCGACAAGUACCUCAAGCCGGACGGGCUCAUCUUCCCCGACAACGCGACGAUGUACAUGGCCGCGAUCGAGGACCAGGAUUACAAGGAGGAGAAGAUCAACUUCUGGGAUAAUGUGUACGGGUUCGACUACUCGUGCAUCAAGGAGAUCGCGCUCCGCGAACCGUUGGUCGACACCGUCGAGCUCAAGUCGGUCGUCACCGACCCUUGGCGGAUCAAGCACAUCGAUCUCCGGACGGUGAAGAAGGAAGACCUUUCGUUUUCGGCACCGUUCAAGCUGAAGGCGACUAGGAACGAUUACGUUCACGCUUUCCUCGCGUGGUUCGACAUCUCAUUCGAAUGUACACAUACGAAGGUUUCCUUCUCUACUGGCCCGCACGCCCAUUAUACGCACUGGAAACAGACGGUGUUCUACACCCCGGAAACGAUCAAGGUCAACCAGGGCGAGUCGAUCGUCGGCACGCUCACCUGCGCGCCGAACGCGCGCAACAAUCGCGACCUCGACAUCACGAUAACGUACAAGACCGAGUCCGGGAGCGCGCCCGAGACUACGUUCUCAUAUAAAAUGUCCUAAUUGUAACACAAACCUAUCACCGCGGACUCUUUGCUGUAUUACGCACGAUACGAUCUCCCCGCCCCACGGCUGCCACACGCAACAACAACCCAUACAAUACGGCUUCCAGGUAUUGAUAUUAUCCACCGCACCCAAACCAAUCUUGCAUCCGGCACCAACUCUCCUCGAUGCCAUAAAUACCAACCUGCUAGAAAGAUGCCUUCUUGUAUUGUUCACAAUCGUCACUUGUGCAGCACCCAUCGCUGCAAAUUGCGCUCCACCUGCCGCGCCUUCGUGCUGCUAUGAAUGUUU